AUGGACAGUAGAAGUAUCGAGGAAAUAUCCCUGAACGAAGUGUUGGAGAACACAGUUAAAAGUUAUGAUAAAGUUCUUUCCUCACACGAAGAAAUACUCUCUGCCAAGGCUCAAUUAAUGGAAAAUCAGCUGAUCCUGCUACGAAAGCAGAUCCACAUAGUCUCAAAAGACUUGGAGGAAAUAGCGGACAGCAUAUCAGAUGCCAGGCUCUAUGACAUCUGUCGCAGGUUAAGGAAUAUUUCAGUGCCCCCAGCCGCACGAAACAACACCUCUAAGAACCUCACCAACAGCCGGCCCGCCUCCAUGAUCGCACCCAGCUCCCCGCGUAUUGCGGAGGUUAAGCGCUGCUCCAGCGAAUCCCAACACCUCAACGCGGUGAAAGUUCGCAAAAAAUCAAUGACAAUUGAACGGCUGGAGGACAGACAAUUCCGAGCACGAAACAGUGUGUGUCAUGUGAGUCAGAGAGAUCCUAAACUGGAUUAUCAGCUCAGUUCGGACAUGUUGGCUCUCCAGGAGACUAGUUUCGCUAAGAAGUACGGGGAUCCCGCCACUGUCACCAAGGCGGCCAUCACCAUUCAGAGAUGCUGGAGAAAACAUUGUCUCAAUAAAACAUUUCAUAGGAUCAAACUUGAAACGCCCUACAGAACCAAAUCUAUGAACUCUAAAGUGAAGCCUAUUGUUAAGAUUCGUCACAUUUCCAGCUCGACGGAGAAUCUCACUGAGGAAAAUGUCAGGCAUCAAGUAGCAGAUAUCAGCACUCCUCAGGAUCCUCUCCAACCUUCCUUUAAACGGAACGAGUUCGGCCGACAGAUCAUAGGAAGGAGUAAAACUAAUCGCAUGGUCUCCAGCAGCAGCGAGUUCUCCUUCACACAGGACGGCGAUAGUGCAUUAUCUCUUUCUGAAGUGCAGCUGGAUUUCGAGGCAGGACCAGAUCACGAGGACGACGUUCCUUCUCCCCUAAUAUCCAGAUCAGACCUUUAUAAAGUGAGGGAUUUGGAGAGACAGUUGUCGGAGCCCGCCGACUUGGAGGCUACUCGGAGAAGGAACACAGACAACUUCCCCCCUUCGCCAGACAUCAUAAACACUUUCAGAACUCAUGCUAAUUCAUGGAGCAACUUCAACAACCAAGUCUCACAGCUAUUAUCAUCCAGCAGCAGCAACAGUGGCAGCUCACCUCUGGGUGAGAGAGUGAGCGGUGAUGGCGCUGAGAAUCCUGAGGACCCUAUUCGCAUUGAAACUGACUCUAAACCCAGCAAAUACCUUUCCCCUAUCGCAGAGAAAUACGGGCACCUGUGGAGCUCGACCUCGAAGGAUCCCGAACAGAGACAGAUGUGUAGAAACUAUAAACUAGGAGUGCACAAGUUCAACAAGCGGCCCUCGAACGGAGUUAAGCACCUGACGACAGCUGGAGUGGUACGGGACUCACCUCACGACAUAGCUGCCUUCCUCCUUAACGGAAAGGGGCUCAGCUUGUCCCAGAUCGGCAACUUUAUCACGGAGCUUAGGAAGCCGCUCUCCAUAGCCGUUCUAGAGGAGUUCAUGAAACAGAUUGACUUUACAUCGCUACCUUUCGAGCAAGCUCUGAGACAUUUUAUAUCAAAACUUAGAUUACCGGGUGAAGCACAGAAGAUAGACAAGCUGAUGGAAGUAUUUGCGGAGCGGUACUGCGAGUGCAAUCCUGGUGCAAUCAGCGACACUCAAGACACAAUAUACGUUCUAGCUUUCUCUGUUAUUAUCUUACAAACCGACCUUCACAAUCCACAGAUAAAGCUUCACAGGAAGAUGGAUUUAGAGUCCUUUAUUCAGAAUAACCGAGGUAUCGAUAAUGGUAACGAUCUGGAAAGAACAUUGCUUGAAGCAAUUUACGAAGGGGUGAAGAAAGAACCAAUAAUAUCCGGCAGAGACCACCUUGAUUUUCUGGAAUCUAUCGACAAAAGUAUCGUGGGCAAGAAACUGAGCCUGAUGGACCCCUGGAGAAUGCUUAUGAUGACUACACAGAUGCAGGAAGUAGUGAAUAAGAACGAAAAACCUCCUCCAGAUAAACAUAUCAGACAUGUUUUCCUUUUUAACGAUUUACUACUGAUAACCAAGCAGAUGAGCACUAGAGGGAAGGCAACAACAAAGACAGCCAAAGAGCGCGUCAUAGCCACCUGCUCCUUUCAGUACAGACAACAUUGCACUGUGUGUAGCUUCAAAGCUGAGUCAUUUUCCACCGAAUAUCAUCCGUUUGGUAUAAAGUUAGUAGACAGUUACGAUGACAAGAGUGUUCUAGUCGAGCUAGCAGCCUAUAACGAGGACGACAGGAGCGCUUUUCUGAACGAAUUAGCAGAGGUCACGUGGGUCUAUAGAGCUCUGGAGAACGAUCGGAUUGGGACACUCGGGGUUUCAGAUAAAAUGGGGCAGAGCACCCUGUCCCUUCAUAGUUUCAACUCGGACUCUGACGCUGGACGAAGGCACACGCACACUCUGGGUCGAAGGUUCUUCAAAUCGAAUAUUUUCAAAUCUGGUCACAAAAGGGAAGCACUCUCACCUUCAAGUUCAGUAUUUUAUAGCCAGGGUAUCGGCUCGGCUGACAUUCCUGAUAGCGUGGAAUCUUGAUAUUUGCUUUGUAGCGUAGGACUAUGGGAAUCUUUCCUCUUUUUUAUUUCAUGUUUUUAAUGUUGAUUUGGAUACGGUUGGAUUGGGCUUUCAUUAAAACAGUUCAAAUUUCCUUAAAAUUUCUUUACCAAUUUCAAACGCAUUGGGAUGCAAUGUGGAAUGUUGGAUUUCGGGAACUUGUUCGUUCUAUCGAGUGAUUAUUUUUUCUUUAGAGUAGUUGGAUUUGACUAUCACACUGCGGGCUAUUAAUAAAGUGACAAUUUUCUCAUUAAACGUUUUUAGAUUUGAAGUAAUAUGAUUUCUAGUUGAUUUUAUUACACUAUUACCGAUUUAUUUUAAAUCAUUUGAUGACAGCAGAUAAGUUCAGCUCUGGACAAUGUUUGUUUACAUUUAUGCAUUCUAAAGUUUUUAUGUUUGAUGUUUACAGAUCAAAAUCAAUUUGAAGUUAAGAA